CUUGCAUAAUUCCCGCCGGCUGUACUCGGCAGAAAAUGUGUUAAUCACGAAGCAAAUUAUCCGUCGUUAAUUAUAAGAUAAUUGAGGAGAGAAAAUUGCUAAUAAUUGACGCAAAGAGAAGGACAAGUGAAUCUUUCUCACACGCUGACUGACUACUUCAAUUUUAGCAACAAAGUCUCUCAGUACACGUAUACACACACACACACAUACACACACACACACACACACACACACACACACACACACACACACACACACACACACACACACACACACACACACACACACACACACCCUCGCAAGGUGGAAACCCACAGAGGCGUACAGGACCAGCUAGUGCCUGCGUUCAAGCGCCGGGGUCCUCCCCAACAACCAGCUUUUGUGUUCUAAAGGAAUUUUGUGUUACUAAGAGCAUAGACUGAAUACCGUAGACGCCGUGUUGAGAGCGUGAGAGAAAUUUGCCGCUCGCAGGUGUUUACGCGACACUGACAGUGACAAGGGUGCGUCUCUCUGCCUCGGAAAUAUUUAAUGGAUUGAAAAGAAGACAUUUUAUCGAAGUAGUGUGAGAGAGGAGUGACAUGUGUGGGCCGAGAGACAUACCUGAGGAUCAUCUCUACUCUUGCUGCCCGCGCUCACCUGGUUGCAUCGUUGGCAUCUUUGCGGUGACCUCGACGUGAGCGUGGUAGUUAUCCCAGGCCAUGGAGGUGGUGACACUAGCCGGCGCACGACCACCGCACGAGGACCUACCCAUGGACCUCACCACCACCAGCCGUCGACACCUCAUGCUUCACCACGCUGAGUGGCCCCGUCUCCGCCACGACCCAAGACGCCCGGUGGAGUGUGUCCUGAAGCCACUCGCCAAGCUGCCUUCAGAGGCAAUGGCGCGCUCCGCUCCCGCGGCCGUCAGCCGCUACAUCCCCAUCCCCAAGAAGAGACACUGCCGGGCGCGUGGCUCUCCCCCGUACACGACCCACUCCCCACCGCCCAAAUGCCAAUCCCCGUGGAUCGGCAGGUAUUCCCCGCCGUCUUCUACGGUCUUGGACGUCUCAAAUCGGCUUUCACCGGACGUAGCUCGUAAAAGAGCGAGACUUGAGUCCCCCAAACCUUCUGAUUCACUCUGCGAGUCAAGUCUGCGGCCACCAUCUGCUGAAGACAAGAACGGCACUGCCCCCAUCAGCAGCAAUAGUAGCGGGAGCGACAAUAACGACAAGCGUCGAGUGAUGGGGGUGGGGCGGGCCAGGGGUGAUAGUGAUAUAGUGGAGGUUGGAGAAGGCUUAAGUCAGUCAGUGAUGAGGCCGCGGCAGAGGCAGUGCUCGCCCCACGCCGGGAGCUCCGUGCUCACAAGCCCCUCUGGAAUAAGCACAGAUGAUAGUGAUGGCGUACCAGGGAGCCAGCUCCUGACGGCUCUCCUUCGCCUACAAACAUCGACAGUUUCCCAAGGCCUGCUGAACCCAGCCGCCCUGAAGGAUACAGAGGCGCUGCUGGCGGCCGUGCAUCAGUCCCAGAUCCUUUACUACACCUACUGCUCCCAACUCAUCCAAAACUUGCGGGCCAAGCAGCUGGAACAGCAGCACCGCCUGCAAGAACAGCAGCACCACCUGCAGGAACAGCAGCACCAUCUACAGGAACAGCAGCACCAUCUACAGGAACAACAACACAACCUGCAGGAACACACUCGACUGGACUGCGAGUCAGAGGACGAGAAGCAGGUUCGUUUGGAGGAUAAGUGUUACGACUACGAGGACGACAUCAACCUCAACGAGCAAGAUCGGCUCUCAGAAAUCAAUUCCAUCCUGCGAGCGAGACUCAACAGUCAGGAGACGCCGCAACCCACGCCGGACACUCACUCCCCUUCAGCUGGUUCCCCCUGUGGAACAUUACCUUCCAGUACAACGGGUGGCGAGGACCUGGACUUGUCCCCGACGGAGUCGUGCGGGGGAACCCGUAAGCGCGCACCCCGGGCCCUAACGGGCAAGCAUGUGCGGCCGGGCACAGGGGCGUCGGCAAGCACUCUCCUCACCCUGCGUCAAAAGUUGCAGGAUCGCCAAAAAUACCGGGAGGUCUACGGGGUAGACCCACCACAACCCACCAAGACCAUCAAGACCCGACCUCGGAAGCGGUGAGAGGCUCCUCGCCGACUAUGUCGCAUACAGAGAAACAGAUUUACGUGUAAUUCAAGAAAAAAGGGAAUACAAGUAGGAAAGAUUUACUCACAUGAUGAGAUUUGUCCUGUAGUGGUUGCCUUAUAUACACUGUAAGCCAGAUAAAUAACACGGACCUACUUUAUAAUAACAGCUAUUUGUUCGUUAUCAUAAAGUCAAAUGUAUUGUGUACAUCGUAGGGAAAGGCGCCGAAUUCUUGCGAGUGUGGACCUCUCAGGAAAUUAGGUCUCCCGCUUUCCUGAAGAUCUAAAAAACCGAGGUGUUGCAAAUCUUGGCCAGGAUGCCGCCUCGUCCUACCUGGAGGUGCUGGUGUUUAGAGAAAAUAUGAUGAAUUAGCAACAUUAACGUGUGAUUGGCCGUCCCCUCCAGGCAUGAGCAUGACUGGAGGCUGUGCUACGCCCACCACACCUGUGUUGCGCCUGCGUGCUCCAUCCCGCCUCCUCAAUUUACCUGUCUUUCUGGAUUCCCCCUCAAGGUGAUGUCAGACCGUCCAGGAGCUGGUGAGAGUUUUUUGACGCUAUUUACCUGCGUCGCUUUUGCAGGUUUUGCAGGGCGAGGGUCGAUUAGAGUAAACCAAUAUUGGUGUUGAAAGUUGGCUUUGAACAUUUUUCGUUACGGGAAUAAUUUACUGUUAAAUUGUCUUGAUUUUGUAUCUUCCCUGUUAUUAGCUCCAGUUUAAAGAACACCUCUUCACACUUAUGUAUGGAAUUAUUGUAAAUGGGAUGGUGUACUAUUCCCUUUCCUUUGAAAUGAUUCAACGUAUUUAGUGUAAUUAAUUUUCUUCCGACAACAAAGACUGAAAAUUAAGGUUUUCUACGAUAUCUACGAAAAUUUUCUAUGAUAAAUUUCUUGUUUCCCUGAUCACUGAGCCUCGGGGCUGCCCUCCCCCGAGGGUCAGUGAUCCUGGACACUGGGGACCCGAGGCGGCGUCAGCCUCCAGUGUCAGCCACGCUACAGUUACCAAGAAUAGGCGGGGAUGUUAAUAAUCAGAUUAUAGGAAUGUUGCACAGUGACUUUCUAUCAUCAUGAUCACACACAGAGAUCACACUAACGUGAUGCAUCAAAUGAACAAAUCCACAAGAGCCGUGACGAGGAUUCGAACCUGCGUCCGGGAGCACAGCAUAAGGCAGUGUCUGGGAUGCUCCCGGACGCAGGUUCGAAUCCUCGUCACGGCCCUUGUGGAUUUGUUUAUCAUCAUGAUGUUGCACAGGAACAUGUUAAAGAUUAUAUACACACACAGUGGUAGAUGAAUAAUAAGUUUGACAGGAUGUCUAAACACUACUCACAGUGAUGUGGAAAGCGUAACUCAUAAUACAAAAUGUGCUUUAAGGUGAAACUUGUGUUUCAAAUAAUUUAGUUUUGCAUGUUGUCCAUUUGACUGUUGUCUCCUGGAAGUGUGUUGGUCCUGUGUGUGAGGACGGUGAACACGGUGAACAGUUCCCUGCGUGUGUUCUUCCGUCUGAACAAGCUACCGUCCACAAGAGUAAAUUCUAAAGGCUUUCUGCGAAGCCAUCAAAUCUAGUCUAGACUUACGUAAUUAUUACUGCCGAGUAUUAGAAACUAAUUUUCACCGUGAAUGUUACAUGUAAAUGAAAAGAAUGAAGAGAUUUCCUUAUGUUACAGGGCUAACCUUUCCUGGUAGCUGUUCUAGGUUGUUGGAACAGC